AAGUAAGUUUGGUCGAGGUCCGUUACGGGUGUUGCCUUUUCGUGAAUUUUCGACAGUUUUUGUAUCAAGCAGCUCAUUUCUGCAUGUCUAAACGGUGUUUCACGCUGCGAAAUUUCAUCGGAGACAGAUUGGCUCGUGAAACAUGAACAAUCGACGAAGACGAGCCAAUGAUUUCACGGAUUCCUUGACCAGUUUUCGUCAGACGUUUAUAGAGGAUCAGACUUUGUCACUAGCCUAUUCGGAAGACAGUUUGGACAUUGGCUCUACAAAAGGCAGGCAACAUGAUAAUCAGCAGAAAUAUGCAAAAAAUAAAUCUCAUACUGGAUCUAUUAUCUUAGCGGGUCAUUUGGCUAGUGAACAUAACAUCUCGCUACCCGAGUCUCUUGAGAAUGCACAUAAAGAUAGACGAGCUCUUUCAAAGGAUAUAAUAAAUGUGUCGGAUGAGACAUCAUACAUGUCACUAAAACCAGACUUAAAUAAAUGUAUAAAUCUGUUCCAAAAUGAGUGUCCAAGUAAAGAAAGCUGUACUGCUGAAGAACUUUCGAGUUCCGCAUUAGAGAUCAGAGUCAACAGAAAUUCCAACACUCUCCAUUUCAGUGAAAAUAAAAACGUGGAAGUACAAUGCAAUUUAAGUAGAAAUUGUCCACGUUCCGUGUCCCAAAGUUCACUAAGAAUUAUAAGCUCUCCAUUUAAUGAAAUUAGAAGAUCCAAGAGUUGCGUGACUGUUAACGAUAAUUUAAAAAUGGACAUUAACAGUGGUGUCAAAGCUGAGCUACGUUCUUCAGCAAGCAGAGACGCAGCUAUGAAUAUGAAUACAAAAAUUCGAAUAGUCAUUUCUCCGUGCAAGACAUUGCUGGUCUCAAAGUCUUCCACUACAUCAACAAACAAGAAGACUAAUUCUCAUUCCACAAAGGAGGAUCAGAAACGUGAUUCUGUAAGUAGCGAGAGAAGCUCGGAGGAGGAAUGUAAUCCAUCCGAGCUGAGGGCAGUAUUAAAUUCGCUUAAGGACCAAAAGCCAUGGAAGGAGGAAGGAAUGGUACAAAAAUGUUUGAGACGCAUGUCUGCAAACUUCUACGAUUCGCCCAGAAACUUUACGGAACAAUUACUGACAAUAAUCGAGGAAUCGGUCAUAAACAACGAUACUUCGGGAGCUUUGGAGUACCCGGAAAUUAGUCUGUGCAGAUUAACCGAGGAACUUCGGAAGAUGUGCAAGUUUAUAGAGGAUGAAACCGUUCCCGAGUGGCCUCGGUCCCCGAAUAUCGACACGUCGACACGUAAUGGAAGAAAAUAUUCAAGAGACUGUCACGAGUCCCAACUUGAUUCCUCGCGGAAAUCUCUCGAUGCUGUCGCGACUCCGAAUAAAAAUCUGUGCGUAACGCCUACUCCUACUCGACGUAUCAAAAGCCCUAAAAAGAUCUGUAGGCCAAAGAUUAGUGCGCAAAGUCCAAAGCCGCACGAUAGCACAAGCACAUUCGAAUCUCUCGAGGCGUUCUGCAAAAUAUUGUACCCUGACGAGGAUACGUCUCCCCCAGAGAAAAUUUGGUCGCAGUCUCCUCUACGAGAUAUGAAGCGUAUUCUGCUCGCGUGUGGAAAUCAGAUGGCUUCUUUGGACUCGCCCAACAUUUAUGAACAACUGAAAAAAGCUGCAACUUCCACCGUGGACCCGGCACGCAAACCUGAUGUGGUACCUGAAACGCAAGCCCCUCAAUGCAACUUGCUGUCACAUGAAAAACGUGACGAGGCUGGUUCGAAGAGCAUAUCGGAUGUACUUAGAAGCAAGCAGCAGGCUGAAUCGAGUAAACGUUACGAAAUGAUAAAUCCGGAUCAUUUGGAGGACACGCUUAUGUACGAGAUCGCGAAGAAGAGACAGAGAUGCCUCGACACGGCGAAAGUAAUGAAGGAGAUCGACGCGAGCUCCGAGCCGGUUUCUUCUGGAGCAGCAGAGGCGCAGCAGUCGGAUCCAAGUAGCGCAGCCGUUGAAUUGCCGAACAUUAACGACUCCAAGUUCAUGGAAACAUUAAUGACUGUCAAGAAAUAUCAAGACUAUCUCGAAGGAGCCAAACCUUUACUAAAUUUGUUUGAGCAAUCGAGAUCAAACACUUCUCGUUUCUCUCGUGGUGAGAAAGUCGUCAAAAAAACUAGUAAAGCUCAUUUAGGACUACCAAAGUCUCCAAUGAUGAGGAAAAAGAGUCCUUCAGCUCGUUUAGGAUCACCAAAGUCUCCAAUGACGAGGAAGAAGAGUCCUUCAGCUCGUUUAGGAUCACCAAAGUCUCCAAUGACGAGGAAGAAGAGUCCUUCAGCGAGACGUUAUUCCCUUAAUAACGUGGUUAUUUCAAAGCCGAAGCUGUUCAUAACUCCUGGCAAAACUCCAGUCAAACGAACUUGCACGAACACGAAGCGCACGUACUUUCCUAAUCUGAUAGCUGGCGCGAGUAAACAGAGGCGUGACAUCAGUCCGCACGAGAAAAACGUUUAUCGACAAAUCGGAAGUUACGACCAUGUAAUAUCGCCGGUCGCAAUGUACAUAAGGAGUACGAAUCCUUGUCUGGUGAAAAAUGUACGGCCCAAAACGAACGAGAUGUUGUUAACACCGAGGAAGCAGCAGAUUACGUCAUCUGGCAGUCCAAAACCGCGGAUGAAGCUUCGAUUGUCUCCAAAAGAACCGAAAGAGGAAACGGCUGGAACUGCAGCAAAAGAUGAGAACGUUGCCGAUAACUUUUUACAUCCAAAAGUGCACUACGAGCUCCCGACGCAUGUACGCACGAUAAAAGAAAUGGAAGGUCGAAAAGUAGGAAGCCGCAUAAACGAAUUGCUGCGUACCACGCAAGAUAAAGUCGUGAUUCGACACGAAGGUCGGGCAAAAUCAAUGAAAACGGAUUGUUCGGAGCAACCUGAAAUUCAUUAUACCUCCGCAGAAGAAUCCGUGCAUGUUGAGCAGACGGCUCGUAAAACGCAGUUUUCACGUAUAUAAUUACUGAUAUUUUAAUAUUAGAUUGUUAUGAUGUAUAUCAGCAGCGAAAUCUAUGACACAUGUUAUUUUAUAUUUUUAUUAGAGCUGUAAGUUUUAACUUCUGUGAGAUAAAUUAGCUUUCGUUCAAUUAAACGUGCAAUUUUAUUAC